ACACCACAAACCAGCUCCAUCUCAUUUCUCAACUCUUAGUGUUUUAUUCAGCAUUUCUCACACUCUCUUCUUCAUCUUUGACGUGUAAAAAAACCUAAUAAGAAAUGGCAACGGCGUCGUUUAACUUGCAGUCAGUGUUCGCCGCUCCUUCCGGUCAUGGAUUGAGUUCCCGCAACAUCAGAAACACAAACCAAUUCUUCUUCAAGAGGAAUCCUUCGGUGGGAGUCAGGUGCAUGGCUCAGAACGAUCCUACCAAGGAAGACUCUUCUUUGCCUUCGACCUCGGCCACUCAACCGCAAACGCCGUUGUCUCCUCCACCAGUUAGCAAGCCUAAGGUGAGUACGAAGUUUGGAGACUUAUUAGCCUUUAGCGGUCCGGCGCCUGAGAGGAUAAAUGGAAGGCUAGCAAUGGUGGGAUUCGUGGCGGCGCUCGCGGUGGAGCUUUCAAAGGGAGAGAACGUUUUAGCUCAGAUCUCUGACGGUGGCGUCGGAUGGUUUCUAGGAACGACGGCGUUGCUGACGUUAGCAUCGAUGGUUCCGUUGUUCAAAGGUAUAAGGGCAGAGUCAAAGUCCAAAGGCUUCAUGACCUCAGACGCCGAGCUAUGGAACGGUCGGUUCGCGAUGCUUGGUCUCGUUGCAUUGGCCUUCACUGAGUAUGUUACGGGUGGGACACUCGUCUAAGUCGUGUUUUGUAUUUUUCCAGUUUUGUCCUAAAUAUAUAGUUAUGUUUUAAGGGGAUCAAGACUCUGGAGAAUGAUAUAAAAACGCAUAGUUUAAUUUUGAUGCCUUUUAUAAAGUUGUGGAAUUGUGGACA